UGACUUGGGCAUUUUUUUUAAGUGACUGUUAUUAGUUGUCGUAUCAGUUGCCCUGUAGAACAAAGGCAGCUUGGUCUGCAUCAGGUUGAAUUGUCUAUUUCGUGUGGGCCGACGAGACGAAAGUUGACGAGAGCCAUUCAAGUCAGUUUAAGUAGAAGGGGAAGCUACAGUGGAAGACAUGUGUGUGUGUGUGUGUUUGCAGCAGCGACGUUGUUUUUCUGACUUAUUUCUCGACCGUGAAAGUUCCUCACACAACUCAAACGUCAGAUUCAAAUUUAGUUCAAUAGUCCUAUGAUAUCUGAAUUAGGAUACUUCAGAGUUAUCACAGAUAACUAUGUUAUAUAUUUGUCGGAUGUUAAUAAGCAGGCUUGUUGGCUGCACGUUAAGUAUCGUUUCUUCCAAAGUGAAAGUAAGGCUGCGUCAGCUGCUGUGACGUCGGAUGUAAACACGGAAAGCAGGCGACGUUCGUUCGAUUUAGUAUGACAUUAAAUAAGCUCACUUGCUGAUAGUAGGUAUUAUUUACCAAAUUUAAAUGACAACAUGAUAAAAUACGCAUCAGUUUAUCCUUUCAUUGGCUGAAACACUGAUCUAUGUGAUCAGAUUGGUGAAGAAGGCACUGGACUGGUAUUGGCUGUUUUGCUGAAACGAAGUUGUUUCCUUGGCUGAAGUGCCGAUUGUGUGGAUUAGAUUUGUGUACAUCAAGAUGUCCCACAAAUUGACGUGUUGGAUUUGAAAGAAGAGUGCCUUUAUUUCCAGCUGACCUGAGGAUGGUGCUGGUGGGGAAGACUGGAUCAGGGAAGAGUUCAUCAGGAAACACCAUCCUGGGAAGAGAAGACUUUGAAUCUGAGAUGUCACCUGAAUCUGUGACGAAAAAGUGUAGGACAGAGGUGGUCAGGUUAGCGGGAAAGAGGAUCUCAGUUACUGACACACCGGGUGUGUGUGACAUGAAAUCCAAAAAUGAUGCUUUGAGAGAUGAGUUGAAAGAGUGUAUUUCUAUGACAGCUCCUGGACCCCAUGCGUUCCUGCUAGUGAUCAGUCUUGGGGUUAGAUACAGCAAGGAAGAGAAGGAUGCAGUGCAGUGGAUCCGUGAUAAUUUUGGGGAGGAAGUUUUACAUUACGCAAUCAUACUCUUCACCCACACUGAUGAGCUUAAGGAUAAGCCCUUAGAGGAAUAUGUUAAACAAAGUAAUGAUCUCAUGAACCUCAUUGGUCACUGUGGGGACAGGUUUCAUGGAUUUAACAAUAAAGACAAAAAUCUAGAUCAGGUCCCUCUUCUGCUGCAGAAAAUUGAAGACAUGGUGGAGAGCAAAAAGAGGAGAAGAGAGUACUAUACAAAAGAAAUGUUUGAGACAGCCCAGAAACAGAUAAAAAAAUGCAGGACAAGAGAAAAGACUAAAGAUGUUGCUCUGGCUGUGGCUUCAGGUGCAGGAAUGACAGCAGCAGCAGCUGGAGGAGCGGUGAUUGGAGUCACAAAACUCAUCGCCCUCCCAGCAGUGUUGAUUGGAGCAGGGGCCGCAACAGCAGUAGGAGGUGGUGUCGCGCUCCUUGCAAAAAAAAUACAAAAAAAACGUGAAGAUGAAACAUAAUGUAAUAUCUGUGUAUAAUUCUUUCAAGAAACUGAAAGAAAACAAAUCGUGCAUGUUUUUGAAGAAUCGCUUUUUCUUUUGUAGCUGAUAGGGUUUUUGUUUACUUCCCAUUCGAAAGGUUCUAGGCAUGACUGUGUAUACAAAAUUGUGUUUCAUACUUCAAUACAUGAAAGAAGAAAUAAAGAAAUAAAGAAAAUAUUAUCCUCUAGAUAUAGUAUUCUCUGUAAGACAUUAAUACAUAUUGUGGAUAGAAAAAGGAAUUUGUGUGAUGUUUUUAUUUUGGAGUACAUAAAAACCAACCCAGCA